AUGGCCUUCGCCGCACCCGCGCUCGGCUCGACGUUAUUCUCGCGCUUUUCCCGCACCUUCUCCACCAGCUCCCCAAUUCUUUCAUUGACACCCGAAUCGACAUCCCGGAAUAUGGCAAGCGGUACACAGACGGCUACUCUGGCAGCAGGAUGCUUCUGGGGCGUGGAACACCUGUUCCGCAAAGAAUUUGGGCAGGGGAAGGGCCUUCUUGAGGCGAAGGUGGGAUACUGCGGGGGAAACACUUCGCAUCCUUCAUAUCGCGCUGUGUGUUCGGGGGAUACGGGACAUGCCGAAGCCCUUAAAGUCACAUUCGACCCUUCGCUCGUGAGCUACCGCUCACUUCUAGAAUUAUUCUACCGCAUGCACGACCCAACGACCAAGAACCGUCAGGGACCAGAUAUCGGUACGCAAUACCGUAGUGCCAUAUUCACGCAUGGCGAUGAGCAGCACAAGAUUGCGGAGGAGAUUACGGACAAGGUAGCCAAGGAGUGGUAUAAGCAGACUCUUUCGACGGAGAUUAUUCCUGCCGGUCAGUGGUGGGAUGCUGAGGAUUACCACCAGCUCUAUUUGCAGAAUAACCCCUCUGGAUACGAGUGCCCUGCGCAUUUUAUUAGGAGCUUCCCUCCGCUGUCGUGA